UAUUUCGUGAAAAAGCUUUAAUUUAGCUAAUAUUAACAAGUUAACAAACUUAGAAAAAUUUCGUGUUCCAUUUCCGGUUUGAACCUCCCAACAUCGUUGCUAUUCUGGCACUGGCAAUUCUUGGGUAGCAACCAAAAAAUAUCUUUCAAAAUCUCGUCUGGUUGCAACUCUGCGUGCAUUUCCUCAAACUAGUCGAACUAGUUUCCUGUUUAAUUGCACACGCAUUUACUGUAAGACACUUUCAAUGCAAAAAAAAGAGUUGCAAAAAAUGUUUGCUAAAAAAAGUGAAUAGUGAAUAAUAGUGAAAUUUAGUGGGCUUUAAAUAAAAAUAAAAAAAUUUAACAAAUAAGCGAAAUUUGUUGCGAUGGAACAGAAUGUGAUAAAAACUACUAAGAACCAUCAAGCAACCAAUAAAAUUCAAAAUGUGACGUCAUCAAAUUUAAAACCAAUGACGACAAACACAAGCACAAUAGCUAAAACCGGGACUGAUAAGAUAAUUCAUGAAGCGGUUCCAACUUUGUCAAGUACGGCAGAAGAUUGCUUUAUUACACAAGCCUCCGACAGUAAUUCCAUCAACAUAAAGAAAUACGAUGAAAAUGUACGUGAAAACAACUUCGCCGAUAAAACAAUUAAAUCUCAAUCAGUCGGUAACACUACCAAGGUUAUUGUUAAUGCCGAUGCUGUGACCGUCAACAUAAACACAUCGUCAGUGUUAUCGCUGCUCUGUGAUGAAACAGAAAAAACUAAUGAUGUGUUAGAUACCAAACUAGGAGUUGAGCGGCCUUAUAAUGGUGGGAAGAAAACUGCUGAAUUCAGUGAAGUUGGGGCUGACAAAGAUGAUUUGUGGAAUAUUAUACAAGCAAAUUACAAUUACAUUAUGAACACAAGUCUAUUAGACAUUUGCCAAGAAACUCAGACGGAAAUUGAAAAUAAACCAAUCGUUCAAUCAGUUAACUCUUGCAAUAGUAAACGUGAUCAAACAAAUCAUAAUAACAGCUUAUUUGGGAAUACUACAGACUUAGUUAAUUGGCUAUGUGAAAUGAAACAGAAGCUAUCGAUUGCACUAACGUCAUCACGAGCAGCGAACUUCAGUUUUGCAGAAUUGCAGCGACAAAAAAAGGAAUACUCGUUAUUAUACCAAGAAUUAUUAUCGCAUGCUCAUGGCAUAAGUAGAUGCCUACGUGCAGCACAUGUAAGAGAAGAAAACCAAGAAUAUCAAGAAGAGCUGAACGGGCAGCAGCUGCAAGCAUUUCAGUUAUUCAACAGCAACUCAAACUCAGUUGGUGCACAAAACAAUUUAUAUUUUUCAACCACUGGUGAAAUAUUGAAACAUACAACUUCAACAGCAACUCACACAAUAAAAUCUUCCAGUGUUGAAACUAAAGUUACCAAUUCUUCAAGUCGGUAUAAGAACUUCAAUGCUGACAGUGAACCAGAAAGCGCAAGCGCAGAUUUGGCAGCGGGUCUGAUGAAAUGUGAAGGAAACCUAGAGCGUUUAGAAAAUUGUUAUCAUUUGCUAUGUUUAAAAGCAUUAGAGGUGCAAAUUUAUUUAGAUGGUCUAAUAACUAAUAAGAGCUUGACACCAAGCGAAAACAGCGACAUCGAAAAUGACAAAGAUGAUUAUUCAUUGGAGGCGUAUGUCGAUAGUGAUAAUGCUACCAAAGAAAAAUAUUUUUCUACUAAAAAUAAUAAUUCAUUAUCGUUAAGUGGAUUGAUAUGUUCCAAUAUUGAUAAGAAACACUUGUCAAUAGCAACAAAGUCUCCAGCAAGCGCAAUGCAAAUCCAUAAGUGCAUGGGAAAUAAGUUAGACAAAUCUACGGAUUUAUUAUCGAACAGCAGUGAAAGUGAUUCAUAUACAACGACACCAGUUGACGACGAUUUGGAUUGUUUGAGUUCUAACUCUUCGAGUAUCACGUUAAAUUCCUCCAUAUUUGACGCUGAAUUUCAAUAUUGUAGAGUAUUAACUUCUACUCCAAUAAAAAUCACUACAACUGCUUCUGUUCACAACAAUUCUGAUAAAGAGAAUGAAGAAACUUCAGUACAUAAUAGUAGUCUUGAAAAUAAAUUAUGUUUCGGCGGGCGUUCAAACGUCCGCAGUAUUAGUGUCAAUCCAAGCCAAAUGUUUAGUUCCAAAAAAUUUUCACAUUCAAGACCACAACUUAAUUCGGACACAUUUCAAAGUUAUAAAUAUGCGGCUAUGGGAGAAGUAUCGUCACGUGUACAGAAAUCGCCCGAUCAACCAACGACACGUUCACUAAUGCAUAACAAAGAAUAUAUUAUCGGAGGAAUCAAUAAACCUAAAGAUUGUAGUAGUUACGAUUGUGAAGCUUUUGAUGAAUCAUCUGAAACAGACCUACCUGCACAAUCGGUGUCUGAUUUUUCUAAAAAUUAUACUAGUUCCACGGCAACUGACGUGCAAACAAAUAAAAAAUCUCAUGGAAAUUUUUCGAAAUAUACGAAUAAUACUUCUAAAAAUGGUUUUGAUAAGAAUAAACAGAGUUCAAAUAUUGUCAAAACAGUCGAAAGGCAUCGAAACCAUUUAGACUGGAAGUCAAACUAUCCAUACUCAUCGUUGUGUUUGUCACAAUUAACCACUGCAACGGAAAUAGCAAGAAAUGUUAAUAAUUCAAAAGGUCUAUAUAAUGAUUUGAUGAGAAUCUCAGCAUUAAAUUCAUUGUCAUCUGAAGAUCCAAAUGUUCGUUCCACAGUUGAAGAAUCUAGUAAAUCACCUAUUAAAAGUUAUUAUAGCGAACGUUUGUUUAAACAUGGCAAUAUACACAAGAAUGAACUUUCGAAUUUGCUUACAGAUUCAUCCAUUUUAGCCACAAAGAAAUUAGAUGCAUUGUCACCGCCACGUACAGAUUCGUUUCAACAAAAUAAGGUAAAUAUUAUAAAACGAGACGGCAUAGCAAACAGCUUCAACCAAACUAGACGUCGUCGAAAACUCCGUUUAGAACGUAAACGUAAACUUAAAUCACCAAAGGUUCGUAAACUCUAUGAAGAAUUUUUAGGCAGUCAAUCAAGCAGUUCGUUCACAUUAUUAUCAUCUUCACUUACCGCUUUUAGAGAUGAAAAGUUUGACUAUCAAAAACAACGAACAGUUUCAAAAAAUUAUAAACUUGAUUUAGAAGUCAGUAAUUCAACUCAAGCAUUUCGUUGCACCUCCGCAAGCGAUUUUUUUAACAAUAGCUGUAAAGUUAAUGAACAUCAUCGCUCGCCUAAACGUGUAAAUAAGAGUAUAGUUACAUCUAUACACAAUAAUUCCAACGAUGACAAUGAAAUUCAUAACAUAUUUCAACAAAAUUGGAACCAUUCGGUAAGUACGCAUACUUAUCAAUUACGUUCAAAACUUCCAAACUCUUUGCGCGACCUGUCUUGUGCGGUACUUUCAACAGAAUAUGGCAGGCAGACUAAAGAUAUAUAUACUUUUGACACUUGGAAGGAACUAUCGUUUUGGUGUGAAAGUGAAACAAUGGCAUACAAAAUGCAAAACGAGAUGAUUAAACUUAAGCACGAAAUUUAUCGUUUGGGUAACCGAUCACCAUUUGAGUUAUUUGAUAUUAAACAAGCAAUUCAAAUUGCCAUUGAGUCGCUGAAGAAUGAAAGUAUGCAAUUGCAAAACUUCUUCAUCAACAUGCGACGUUUAAAUGCUUCCGUCCACAGUUGGCUAGCAAAAGGGGAAAGUAAGCUACACGCAUCUUUGAACAAUCAAAAGUUGGAGAACGCUUCAGUAAAAGUGGCAAUGAAGCGCAAAAUUGUAUUGGAGAAAAAAGAACCUAAAGAACCUAUAUCUAAAGAUGACUCAGCAAAUAACACCACUUCCCUUAUAGCACCAGAAUCAACUACUCUAAAAAUAACAGUUCCAAACAGGAAUGGUAAUCAGCUAAAAACGUUGUCAACUACUCCAAAUGCUAGCCAAAGAACAAAAGUAACAUCAACAGUUUUAUUAGCAACCGCAAAUACUAACUUAGGCAACCAGUGGGAUCUAUAUCCUCUGAUGAAAUCGGAAAGCAAGCUUUACAGCCAAUUAAAGGAUGAAGUUGUUGGUAUGUAUUUCGCUUGGAAUGAAGCCAGAGUGAGAGUUAAUACCACAUGCAAUGAGUUGGAAGAAUCAAUGGUAAAUUGGCGCUUAUUAGAUACUGGUCUUAAGGAGUUCCAUGCUUUUCUCAAUGAGGACCGUUGCGCUGUAAAAGGUUUGAUAGUUGCUUUAAAUAACAGUCAAAUCACGCCCGUGCAAUUAAUACAAAGCGUAAAAUUAGUGGCACAUUUGCUGUCACAGAAUAUGAAUGUAAGCCCUGAACUAAUUACUAUGCUCGAACAACCAGAUCUAAACCACAUGCUACACAUAGCACAAUUCACGACAUUAAUUAGUUCCCUCUCAAAUUUGGAUAUAACCGAUUGUGGUAAAAUUUUUGACGACCGGUUGCUAGAACAUAAGCAACGUUUGACUGCAUUACAUCACUUAGCAAUGAAAUUAGAAUCGUUAUUCACACGUGGCUCUAAUGCUGUUAAAUCAAUUGCAGCUUCGAUAAAAAUAGCUGAAGCAGAUAUGAAGAACUUGCAAAAUACUUACCGUGAUUUAAUCGUAAGUGUUGCAAUAGCGCAUCAAAAUAUGAAACAACGACCCAUUGCAACUGCACAACAAAAAAUCUUAACGAAUGGUGAACAAAAGGUUCAACAAGAUUCAAAUCCCAUUUACAAAAACAAACGUGACCAACAUGCUCCAACCAGUAAGCAAAAUGCAGCCAAUAGUCUCACUCAUUCCCACAAUAAAUCAACAGAGCAGACAUCUAGUAGCGAUAAUCACCCAGAUAGUGAACCAACUGUCGAUCGUGAUGUGGACGCUUUCGAUGAUGAAAACAACAAAGCACCUAAAUGUAAUUGGAUAUAUCGUAUAGUUCGACCUGCGGUUCUAGUACUAUUGGUAUUAAUUAUUAUAAUCUGCAUUGUUUAUUUUGUACAACCAAAGUGUUGCGACAACCUCAACAAUUUGUCCAAUAGUUUUCGACCACAUUUGCAGUAUGUACGUGGCCCACCGCCAGUAUGAACGACAGUAGACCAACACAGUUGUGUUUUGAGAAAC